CCUCCCAACUUCCGACCCCACAUCCCUCGUAACGAGCCUUCAGCUCCACACGAUCGGCGUGCAUCGAGACGAACACACUAUCGCGACAAGCGACACUGGCACGCACGCUCAAUAUAACCUAGCCCACGCGUGCGUCACAUCUAGCGCUCUCUUCCCAUCACGCACACACUGCUUGCUGCACCAUGACCCCCGUCCAAGUCCCCGUUGAGGCCACGACCGCCGCGCUCGCCGCCGCGUCCCUCAAGGAGAGCGGCACGCAGCACAAGUCAGCGCUCAAUGAGACGUUCACCAUCCCGAGCCCGAACCACGCCGUCGUGGGCGAGUGGGCCGACGCAGUCAAGAACUACAAGGGCCCGCCCAUCAGCGACCGCGCCAAGGGCUGCUCGGUGCACGACACGACUGAGAAGCUCGACGCGCUGUUCCGGACCUCCGCCGACCCGGAGGAGAACCCCGAUGGCGCGGUCAGCCUCGCGCUCGCCGAGAACUCGCUCAUGAUCAACGAGUACCAUGCUUACUUCAAGAAGGCGUUCAGCGAGAACUUCACCCUCACCGACAUGGGCUACGGCAACCAGUCGAGCGGGUCGGCGCGCCUCAACAAGGCGAUCGCGUCGUACUGGAACGACCACUUCCACCCCAUUACCCCGAUCGAGCCGGACGACAUCGUCACUGGCCCCGGAGCGACGGGUAUCCUCGACCAGCUGCUCCAGACGCUCGUCGACCCAGGAGAGGGUAUCUUGAUUCCUGCGCCUCACUACAAUGGGUUCUUUGUCAACAUGGUCGCGAGGUCGGGCACCAAGGUCAUCUCAGUCAACUGCUCGCAGGAGGACUGCUUGAGCGAUCGCAUCUUCGACGUGCUCGAGGAAGCCAAGGCCAAGGCCGAGGCGGCCGGCACGCCGAUUCGCGUCGUCGUGCGUACUUUGCCCUCGGACGCCGCUGACCCCCAGAUGCUCUGCUCCCCACACAACCCGUACGGCCAGACGCUGGACAAGGCGACGAUUGUGGCGUACGCUCGGUUUGCCGAGAAGCACAACCUCCACCUGAUUGCCGAUGAGAUCUACGCCCUGAGCGUGUACGACAACGAGAACCUUCCCAACGCCGCGCCGUUCAUCUCGGUCGCGAGCCUCGACUUCGAGAAGGAGACGGGCGCGCCGUUCGACAAGUCGCGCGUGCACAUCGUGUACUCUGUCAGCAAGGACUUUGGCGCCAACGGCCUGCGCAUCGGCUGCGUGAUCAGCCAGCACAACCCCGUCGUGCUGCGCGCGCUCCUGCACACCGUUUUCUUGAUGAAGGUGUCCUCGGCCGCCGACGUCAUCUUCUCGUCGCUGCUCAAUGACCGCGAGACCCUCCACCGCUUCACGGCGCAGAACCGCAAGCUGCUGACCGAGGCGGCGAAGCACACGCGCGAGUGGUUCGAGGAGCGCGGGUGCAAACCGCUGCAGACGAAUGCUGGCCACUUCAUCCUCGUCGACAUCCGCCCCCGCACAGGCAUCACGACGUUCGAAGAGGAGCGCAACUUUGUGCGCAAGUGCAUGGCCAACGGCGUCAUGGUGUCGCCUGCGUCAAACUACCUCUACCACACGCCGGGAUGGCUGCGUGUGACCUUCUCGGUGGACCGCGCGACGCUGGACGUAGGCCUCGAGCGCCUCGGCAAGAAUCUCGACGAGUGGAAGAAGUAG